UGUAGACAAGCCGAAGCUUCAGGCUUCGAUAUUGGAUGUUGUGUUUUUGAUUGUUAAUAUUGCUGACUUCACUGUUGGAACAAAAUUGCCUGUUGAAGCAUGAAACUGGAAAAUCUGCAUGAAGCCGUGGAGUUCGGGGCUAAGAUGAGAGAAGAGUUUUCUCUGCAGAAAGGAGAGACAUUUCUCAAUAAUGGAUCAUUUGGUGCAGUUCCUAACUGUGUUCAAGAGGUGCAACGAAGAUUCCGCGAAGAGAUAGAGAGACAUCCUGAUGACUGGUACCGGAGGAGUGUCUACAAGUAUUGGCAUGAAUCACAGAAGGCAGUAGCUGACUUCAUGCACUGCGAUCCCCAGGAUCUGGUGUGUGUGCAAAAUGCGACUACAGGUUUGAACACAGUGCUGAAGUGCUGCCCUUACAAACCAGGGGAUAUUCUGAUGUACACCACGCUGACGUUCAGGCCGAUAGCUUAUACUUGCCAGGCCACAGCGGACCUCUAUGAAGGAGUCAAAACAUUUGAGAUGGAGAUUAAAUUUCCGAUAUCAAGUGACGAUGAGAUUUGUGAGAAAUAUGAAGACUUCUUCAAAUCUAACCCCAACACCAAAAUCGCUAUCCUGGAUGCCAUCACCAGUCCGUCAGCUGUUGUCAUGCCGUUGAAGCGCCUCGUCACUCUGUGUCACAGGUAUGGAGUUUUGGCCAUUGUAGACGGCGCACAUGCUCCUGGUUUGCUUCCAGUCAAUCUCACCGAACUCGGCGCCGAUGCUUUUAUAGGUAGUUUCCACAAAUGGAUGUUCACUCCCAAAGGCUGUGCGAUUCUGUACGUGAAGCGAGAACAUCAUGCCUGGGUUCACCCGCUUGUCACAUCUUGGAACCACGGGCUAUCUCUGGAAAAAAGGUUCUUCAUCAUUGCUACUGAAGAUCAGACCCCCUUCAUUACUGCCAAAUAUGCAGUGGAGUUCUACCAGCGGAUUGGAGGCAUGGAUAAGAUCAUCAGCUACACAUCCAAGCUCGCUUCGGAGGCACAUGAGUACAUUCUCAAGAAGCUCAGAGCAGAGCCAUUGCAGAUACCUCAGAGUAUGGAGUCUCCCACCAUGAGGGUGAUCCGACUGCCAGACUUGUCUCAGUACCCCUGCACACUGGAAGGAUCGAUCGCCUUCCACACGGACAUACGCUACAAGUACAACAUCCAGUGUGCCAUCGAGUUGAUUCAGGGUCACCUUCAUCUUCGCAUCAGUACCCAGGUGUACAACACGCUGGAGGAGUACAAGCGCCUGGCUGACUGUCUCCUAGAAGUCAUCCAAGCUGACAAGAAUUACAAAACGAGCUCCACCAGACCGCUGACAGACCGAAUAUAUUAACUGGUCUAUUGUCUAAACGGUUUAAGCAGUUGCAUUUUCAAAAUAAGAGUUGCACCCUCGUGUUAUUGUAAAUAUUCAUUACAUUGACAAAAUAUGCCCGAGAAAGAAACUUUGCCACCAUAUUGACUGACCCUAUAGAAGGGGUAUAUAUACAAGAUAUUUUGUGAACAACAAAUAAAAAACAGAUAGUCAAAACUAUGAGUCUAAAUAUUGUUUGGGAAGAAAAUCUUACAGCAAUGUAUUCUUGUGGCUUUUUAUUGUUUUCGAUAAAAUCGGAAUUUGAACGGACACUCUCAAUGACGUAUAUUAUACAAUCAAGAAGUAAAACAGGCACUUUCAAUAUAAUGUAUUAUAUCCAUAUAUUUGUGUACGGGUAACUUGGGUUUCGUCACUAUAAGAGCGUGUACAAAUUGUAUAUAGUGUAUUCGAGUCAAGUUAAUUAGUCUCAAUACUUUAGGUCUUACAAAAUUUCCUUCCAAUUACGUAAAAGAUCUCCUGAUAUAAAUACAUACUAAAUGGACACGGGGGCCCAGUCUUCCAAGAGGCCCGUGAAAAUAGGUCUUCAGCAACCCAUGCUUGCCGUAAAAGGCAACUAUGCUUGUCGUAAGAGGCGACUAUGCUUGUCGUAAGAGGCGACCAACGGGAUCGGGUGGUCAGACUCGCUGA